AAUGAGGCACAAUGAGCUCGAGUCUGCGCUCACGGAGCAGGGGGAGUGACGACACUGCAUUGAAGCGGACAGCCUUUGAGCCCAGAGCAAAGACAGGCAGCUCUGUGAACACCACAACUUUUGAUGUUUGCUGCCCGGGAACGGGCACAAUCAGCCCGACACUUUUCUUCUUUACGUAGAUCGGCUCGACUUUGCUCCGAAGCAACUCGCGGUUUACUCGCCGACACUGCUGCUGCUAAUUCUCCCUUCAAGUCAAUCUGUGUGCCACUUGUUUUAUAUGUUUCAUUCUGGACUAGUAUCAAGUGAUUUAAGAAGUGGGUGACUGCAUGGACUGGACUGAACAUGAAGAGCCUCAAAGCCAAGUUUAGGAAAACUGAUACAAAUGAGUGGAACAAAAAUGAUGAGCGUCUCCUGGCUGCUGUUGAACAUGGGGAGGUUGACAAGGUGACAUCUCUGCUCACAAAGAAGGGUACCAGUGCUGUCAAACUAGACAGUGAAGGCAAAUCAGCCCUCCACGUUGCAGCAGCACGAGGUCAGACGGACUGCCUGGUAGCUAUCCUCUCCCAUGGAGCUGAUCCGUCCAUCACAGAUGCUACAGGUUUAAAUCCUUUACAUCUGGCAGCCAAAAACAAUCACGUAGAAUGCUGCAAAAAGCUCAUUCAGAACAAAUGUCCAGUAGACACCGUCGACAGCUCGGGAAAGACUGCCCUCCAUCAUGCAGCUGCCUGUGGGAGCGUCCAAGCUCUUCAGUUACUCUGUGAACUAAACUCUCCAAUCAACAUUAGGGAUGCAGAUGGGCUCACCCCACUGCUGUUGUCAGCCAGACAUGGACAUGCUGAAGUGGCCAGUGUGUUGCUGGAGUGUGGGGCUGAAAUCAAUGCUUCUGACAACAGUGGCAGGACAGCAGUAAUGCUGGCCUGUGAGAGCAGCUCUGCUGCAGUGGUGGACACUUUGGUUCAGCAUGGAGCAGAUCUGUCAGCUGUGGACUCACAAGGCCAUGGUGUGGGUCACUACAGCAAACUAUCCUCCAACUCUGAGAUGCAGAUGGCUCUAGCUAAGCACCAGGUCACAGGUCCAAGACCAAUACGAAGCCCCCAGCAUGAUCAAGUAGCUAAGCUAACUGAUGAACGGAUCACAACCCCCAAAAAACGAAAAGCACCUCCACCUCCUAUUAGCCCACUGCAGAGCUCUGGACCCUCAUCUCCCUCAGCUGCCACCUCCACUGGCACACCUGCCUCUAGCAAAAGUGACACUCCAAAACGAUUCAAUUACAAGGAGGAUGAGCUCAGAAGAAUGGCACAGAAAGAGCUCCAAGAAGAGAAAAAUAUGUUACUCAGCACUAUUGAAGACAUGAAACUCACCAUGGAACAAACAGGGACAGAAUCAGAAAAGGAUGAGUACAGUCUAACUGCAUCUUCAGCUCUGGUUUCUGCUCUGCAAGCAAAGAUUACUGCUCUUACUCUGGAAAACCAGCAACUUAAAUGCAAGAGUAAACCUUAUAACAACAAUGAACUUCAGAACAGCAGUCGACCCAACAGUCUAACCUCCAACUCAUCCUUCCACUCCACCCAGGAUGAGUUGGAGGUGUCACUGUCCCAUCCAGACAGGCAGACUGAAGAGGGAGACGGUCAGAAAGAAGAAGGAGGGGGCAAAGAGGAGAUUCAGCUGCUCCGCCAGGCUUUAGAGAGCGUACAGGUCAAAUUAUUAGAAACCAGAAAGGAGAACCGCUCCCUUCAAGCACAGCUGCGACCCGAGAGACUGCGGGAAGAGGAUGAGGGGGGGAGAGAGAAAGAACGUGAGGCUGAGCUGAUGGAGAGCCUGGCUGAGCUUCAGGCCAAACUCACAGACACACAAGAGAGAUACCACCAGGCCCUGGAGGAGGUGGAGGAGCUGAGGCUGCUGAUUGGACCUGGGGACAGUGAUGAGAAACAGGAUGUACAGAGAAGAGCACUGAUGCAGGAACAUGAAGUAAAACAACUCAGGGCUCAGCUCCUGCAGUCUGAAAGCCAAAAAGAGAAGUGUCUUGUACAAAUAAAACAUCUGGAGGAGGCUCUGAGGAGGACAGAGGACAAGCAAAAUGGAAAAGAACAGCAGAACACGCAGAUUGAGGAGCUGUACAAAGAGGCUCAAGAGGAGAUCAGAAUGCUCCAGGAGGCUCUGAGGGGAACAGUUCCUGUAGAAGCUGCUGCUAAAGACUUUGAAGAAAUGAAGGGAGAGAUGAAUGAAGUGAUCUCUGGACUACAGAGGCGUCUGCUGGAGCUCUCACACUCAUACAGUGAAACUAAAAGCCAGCUUAGUGCUGCACAGAAACAGCUUUCAGAUUACAGUGCUUCUUCCUCUCCGACUUCAGAGCAACAGCAAGGACAGACUGAAGUGCUCCAAAGCAGAGUGGAGGAGCUGCAGGCCAGUCUCCAGGAGAUGGAGAGCAAGUACUGUGCUGCUCAACAAGAGAUCACACAGCUCCAGCAGGAGGCUGAGAGGCAGAUGGAAAGUUCAGUGUCUCUCACAGACCACACACAAGUAGUGGCCUCUUUGGGAAAUGCCAUUAAAGAUCUGGAGAAACAACUGGACACACUCAAAGAACAGUUACAUCAGAAGACAUUGCAGCUGGAUGCUCUUCAGAGCGGACUUGUGUCAGAUAAAUCCUCAGAUGACUCAGUGUCUCGUAUAGAGCAUGAGACCAUGAAAGAACAGCUGAAGGGUGAAGUGAGCCACCUGACGCAGCUCCUCCAGGGGGCCCUUCGGAAGCAGGAUGAGAUGGCCCUAGAGGCUGCUGAUGCAUGGCAACAAGCUCGCGAUAACCGCGCUGAGAGAGAGGCCCUGCAGGAGCUGGUGAUGUCGAGGGAGAAGGAGAACCAGACACUGAGUACCAGGCUGACUGAGUCUCAGGAUGCUGUGAGUCAACUAAAGCAGCUGGUGGAGAACCAUGUGGCCUCAGAGCGAGAGAAGAACAAACGGAUAGAUGAUCUGUCUCGAGAGGUCUGUAAGCUCAAGGAUGCUUUAAACAGCCUGUCACUGCUCUCCUACAACUCCAGCUCUCCGUCCAAGAGACAGCAACAAAACCAGCAAGUGGAAACGAUGCAGCAGCAAAUUAAACAGCUGCAGUAUCAGUUAGCAGAGUCAAAGAAACAGCACCAUGAGAUAGUCUCUGUUUACAGAAUGCACCUGCUCUAUGCUGUCCAGGGUCAGAUGGAUGAAGAUGUCCAGAAAGCCUUGAAGCAGAUCCUCAUGAUGUGUAAGAUGCCUAGCCAAGCCAAGGAGGCCUGCUGAGAGUUUGGGGCUCAUUUCUAAAAGUGUUGUGACCACCCAUAUUCAUGUGCUGUUUGUGUUAAAUCCAAGGCAGCAUAUGGCGCCUCUGGACAAACUCCACAUGAGGAAAUGUUUACAGUCAUACUUCUGCUGCCUUUGCCAAUGUCUUCUUUGACCGAUCUUCAGGUAUCAAGUCAUCAGUCAUAUGGUGAAGAUACUUUAGGUAAACUUUAGCCUCCAGAUGUUGUUUGAACUUGGAGGCCUUCCUUAAUACACCAGCCAAACUUAAAAUCAAACACUGUGGAUGUGCUAACCCCAAAUCAGAUGCUGUUGUAAAGGUGCGUGCCAAUAUGUGUCCACUAAUCAGCCUCUUCAAUUUUUUACUCUUUGUUUAAUCACUUUCAGUUGGAUCUAUUUUUAUGAUACACCAGUCGGGGCUGUCUGGUCCAAGUUCAUGUCCAUAGUCAGCAAUUUUCUAAAACAAUCACAAUUAUUUGUGAUGUGUUUUUUAUGCAUGCGCUUCAAGCCAACCCAAAAUUUAAGUGUGUGUAUUUCUAUGAAGAAAAUGCAUGAGAUUGUUUUAAUUGCUGUUUUUAGCAAGACUUAAAUUAAAUAUACUAUAUUUGUCCUUUUCAAGUUACUGUACUAUUGUAUUAUACUGUAUCAAACACUGACGAGUGUGUAGUGAUUGAAUCAUGGUCUAUUGACAUUUCAGUUCACAUCUGUAUACACAAUCUGUAAUCUACAAUGUUGUUUUGAAUUUACCAUGCCAAUUCAAAUUCUUUUGUGAGUGCAAGUACACAAGUUACUGUAAAGGUUCCCUAAUGGAACAUUUUCUGAACAUUUACUUGGACAAAUAUUUAUAUGCAAUAUUUUCCUUACUGUCCACACCUAGCAAAACAGACACUUAUUUUGUCUGUACUUUAAAACAAUCUGUACUGAAAAGCACAUAAACAAUCGUAUUCUUAUCACAUUUGUUUAUAUAAAGCGUUGUGCUUCUACAGGUACUCUAAACAGAGUCUGAAAAUACAUGCUGACCGCUUUCAUAUGCUAUGCCUUAGCAGAACUCUAUUUAUUUUUAUGGCAACUAUUUCCAACUCUCACAAAGCACACUUUCAACAAAUAAAGUUUCUGUAUAAGAAGCAUCUGAGAUUAGUACAGCCAUCAGGGUGCACACGUACUAUGUGCCAUUGAACCAAGAAAAGGCAUUUGUGAUUUUCAGUUUUGUAGAGACAAAAAUACUGUUUUAUAUGGUAUUUUAUUUUAAUAAACUUUUUUUUAAAUUGUAA